AAACAUGUUUACUUUUCAAGUAGUAGAAUUUUAACAUUUUUGCGCCAUCGAACGGAAGACGCUGUAAAAUGAAUGACGUAACCCGUGGAUCGAUAGAUAAAUGAAAGAUUAAUGAAGCAAGUUCAAAAAUUUCCAUUAUAGAAAUUGAGUAAUUUAUAAUGUGUCGUAACGUUUCAAUUGGCUCAAUACAAUAUCUCGAAAGCUUUGAAGCUCAAUGAUCCAUCAUUAUUUUGAAUGUAUGUGCCGCCGUAGAGCCUUUGUAUGCAUACACGAUAAGCCCCCUAAAAAUAAUAGAUUUAAACUGGAGCUUAUCUAAAGGAAAAGUUUGACCAAAAAUCUUAUCAAAUUUCGUAUGUGGACAUCAAUAACGAAUUUAAUGUAAUAUUAAUGUAUAUUUAUUAAUAAAUGUAUUAAAAGAACCGAGUAUAUUUUCCUUACUUGAUAUGAAGCGUUAGUCUAAGAAAAAUGAGAUGAGAAUGUUAAAGGAUGGAGUGUCAAAGUGGGAACCAGCCAGGUACAGGUAACAGGAGGGGCUCGCUCGUAGAUUAAUGAACUUGAAAUCACUGUCAGUUCACGGACGUUCGUCUGGCAAUGUUCUACGUCAUGCGAUUACCGCUACACGCUUUACUGUUCUUCACCUUUGCGCUAAAACAGUGUUUAGCGGGUAACAAAUAUGAUAAACUAUUUAUAAUAUUUAUGUAUCGUUCAUAAUAACAAAUUCUAUAUUAUCAAAUACUACUUUCCUAUCUUCAACUCUAGAAGAAAUAUGGGUGCAAGAUUUAUCCAUGGAUAUGGAAAUAGGAGCGUCGACAGAAGGAUAUGAUCGGGUUUCGCUUCACUGUGGAGCUGAGAGGAUGGUAGUAAAUCUCAAAACAUCUGACAAUUUUUCAGGAGUAAUAUACACUCAAGGUAGCUUCUAUUCGAGACAGGCUCCUUGUUUUUUAGAUCCAUCUCAUGGUGGUAACUUUACCAUUGACAUCCCCUUCAACCAGUGCAAAACUGAAAAUCUUGAUGAUAAGUACAAGAACACCCUAGUCAUCCAGCAUGACGACGAAUUAAUCACGCCAGGUGAUGCAGCUUUUGUUUUAGAAUGUGACUUCUCUAAGCCCAAAGAUGUAACAGUAUCAGCAGAAUUACAAUCUGACAAAAGAGAAGUGAAGUCCAGCAUAUCUUUGGUGGACGCUGAUCCUGGCAGAGACAAAACAAAAAGGACAGCGUGCGUGAAGAGCGACACCAAUGAAGUAAUAUUCGUACCUAACUCAAUUCAGAAACUGAACGAUGAGCUCUAAGCCACUGUUCAAUAGGAUCUUACA